AUGAAGAUAAAACAAUUUGUCUUGGUGUCCAGGCCGGGAAAUGAUGGGGAGCCGGUGGCUGAGAACUUCCGCUUGGAGGAAGUUGACCUCUCAGAUGACCUUAUAGACGGACUAGUCUUGGCCAAAACCUUGUACAUCUCUGUGGACCCUUACCUGCGCUGCCGCAUGAAUGAGGAUACAGGCACAGAUUACAUACAGCCAUGGAAGGUCUCUGAGGUCCUCGACAGUGGCGGGAUUGGAGUGAUUGAACUUAGCAAAAACAGCCACCUCAGAGUUGGGGAUAUUGUCACAAGUUUUAAUUGGCCUUGGCAGACAAAGUGCAUCUUGGAUGGCGACACAGUAAAACAACUGGACCCUAAUCUUGUGGACGGCCACUUGUCACAUUUGUUGGGUGCAGUUGGAAUGACCGGAUUGACAGCUUUCCUAGGUUUAAAGGAGAAGGGUCAUGUGAUCCCUGGAGCUAAUCAGACGAUAGUGGUUAGUGGUGCUGCUGGUGCUUGUGGUUCCCUAGCUGGUCAGAUUGGUCGGCUCUUCGGGUGUUCCCGUGUUAUAGGGAUCUGUGGAACGAAUGAAAAGUGCGCUGCUUUGACCUCGGAGUUGGAUUUUGAUGAAGCUUUGAAUUACAAGGAACCGAGACUUGGAGAAAGGUUAAGAGCCUGCUGUCCUGAUGGUGUGGAUGUCUACUUUGACAAUGUCGGGGGAGAGAUCAGUGAUCUUGUUAUAAGCCAGAUGAAGAAAGGCAGCCAUGUUGUUCUGUGCGGUCAGAUCUCUGAGUAUAACAAGGACGUUCCCUACCCGCCUCCUCUUAACCCCCAAACAGAGUCGAUCCUGAAAGAACGGAACAUUACAAGGGAAAGAUUUCUUGUCCUGAACUAUAUAGAUCAAGAAGCAUCGGCCAUUGUACAGCUCAGUGAAUGGGUGCGGACAGGAAAGUUGAAGGUUAAGGAAACCAUCGUUCAUGGGAUUGAAAACACAGCAGGUGCUUUCCUGUCAAUGAUGAGAGGAGGAAACUUCGGAAAGCAGAUAGUCCAAGUUACUGAAUAACUGUACAUCACACUAACCCAGAUUAAAGCUCAAGG